AUGGAAGAAGAGGUUGCCGCAUUGGUCAUUGACAAUGGCUCUGGUAUGUGCAAGGCCGGUUUCGCCGGUGACGAUGCGCCACGAGCUGUCUUCCCAUGCAUUGUCGGCCGACCACGUCACCAUGGUAUCAUGAUUGGUAUGGGUCAGAAGGACUCCUACGUCGGAGAUGAGGCACAGAGCAAGCGUGGUAUCCUGACCCUCAGGUACCCAAUCGAGCACGGUGUAGUCACCAACUGGGAUGACAUGGAGAAGAUCUGGCACCACACCUUCUACAACGAGCUCCGUGUCGCACCGGAGGAGCACCCAGUCCUGCUCACCGAGGCACCAAUCAACCCAAAGUCCAACCGUGAGAAGAUGACCCAGAUCGUCUUCGAGACCUUCAACGCACCAGCCUUCUACGUCUCGAUCCAGGCCGUCCUCUCGCUGUACGCUUCUGGUCGUACCACCGGUAUCGUGCUCGACUCCGGUGACGGUGUCACUCACGUUGUUCCAAUCUACGAGGGUUUCGCUCUUCCACACGCCAUCUCCCGUGUCGACAUGGCUGGCCGUGACUUGACCGAUUACCUCAUGAAGAUUCUCGCCGAGCGUGGUUACACUUUCUCCACCACUGCCGAGCGUGAAAUCGUUCGCGACAUCAAGGAGAAGCUCUGCUACGUCGCUCUCGACUUCGAGCAGGAGAUCCAGACCGCCAGCCAGAGCUCCUCGCUUGAGAAGUCCUACGAGCUUCCCGACGGUCAGGUCAUCACCAUCGGCAACGAGCGAUUCCGUGCCCCAGAGGCCCUCUUCCAGCCAUCCGUCCUCGGUCUCGAAUCCGGCGGCAUCCACGUCACCACCUUCAACUCCAUCAUGAAGUGUGACGUUGACGUUCGUAAGGACCUCUACGGCAACAUUGUCAUGUCUGGUGGUACCACCAUGUACCCAGGCAUCAGCGACCGCAUGCAGAAGGAGAUCACCGCAUUGGCUCCAUCUAGCAUGAAGGUCAAGAUCAUCGCACCACCCGAGCGCAAGUAUUCCGUCUGGAUCGGUGGUUCCAUUCUCGCUUCGCUCUCGACCUUCCAGCAGAUGUGGAUCUCAAAGCAAGAGUACGACGAGUCUGGUCCAUCCAUCGUCCACCGCAAGUGCUUCUAA